ACAGGAUCGGAGAGAUAACUCAAUAUACAAUAACCUCACUGCUAGCAAUAUACAACUUGCACUUUAUUUAUACGUUUUUUUCUUGUGUCAGCUGGAUUCAGAAUUGCAUUGUGUGGUGGGAGAUUUCUUGAAGGAAGACAAUGUCCCCCAAAAUUGCAUGGCUCCUGUUGCUAAUAGGAUUUCAGGCAGUUUUUUCACAGGACUAUUAUGAGGAGAGAGAAUUAUCCAAAAAUCUGAAAAACAAACUGACUUCAAGUACAGUACAAAAGCAUAAUGGCCAAGCUCUUUUAGAUGAAGAUUGCACAGUAGAGCUGGCUUUCCUGGUGGACAGUUCUGAGAGUGCCAAAGACAACCAUGAGCAGGAGAAGAGAUUCACCAUGGAGGUGGUAGAUAAGCUCCACGGCCUGAGACUGAGUUCAGGACGUGGAUUGAGUUUGAAGGCGGGCUUGCUCCAAUACAGCAGCCAUGUCAUCAUUGAACAAACAUUCAGAGAAUGGAGAGGGCCUGAGAACUUCAAGUCCCGCAUUGCACCUAUUGCCUUUAUAGGACAUGGCACCUACACAACCUAUGCCAUUACCAAUCUCACCCAGAUCUACUCAAAUGAAGCCACGCAGGGAAGUGUGAAGAUUGCAGUGCUUUUGACAGAUGGUGUGUCCCACCCUAGGAACCCUGAUAUUUUCUCUGCCACGGCCGAUGCCAAGAACCAGGGAGUCAAAUUCUUCACUGUUGGGAUCACUAGAACAGCUAAAGAGCCUUCUAACAUUGCUAAGCUACGCUUAUUAGCCAGCUCUCCAGCAUCCAGAUUCCUCCUCAAUCUCCAAGAUACUGGGAUUGUGGAUAAAAUCAUCCAUGAAGUGGUAACAGUAGCUAAUGAAGGGUGCCCACUAGCUCAGAAAUGUGCCUGUGAUAAGGGAGAGAGAGGCCCAAGUGGUUCACCUGGGAAAAAAGGUCGACAAGGUGAUGAUGGAGCCCCAGGUCCAAAAGGACAUAAGGGUGAUGGAGGAUUGAGUGGUCUUCCAGGACGAGAUGGAGCAGAGGGCAAACCUGGCUACAAAGGAGAAGCGGGUGAAAGGGGAGAAUGUGGAACUCCGGGAAUUAAAGGAGACAGGGGACCUGAAGGUUUAGCUGGUCCAAUAGGAGUCAGAGGUCUACAGGGACCUCCAGGCCCACUUGGAGAUCCAGGACCUGAGGGAAUGCUAGGAAGGAAGGGUGAGCGGGGUCCUGCUGGGCCGCCAGGAAUUCAAGGGGAAACAGGAAUCGGAUUCCCUGGUCCAAAGGGUGAUAUUGGUUUGCAAGGCCGACCAGGUCCGGUUGGUCCACCUGGCAUCGGUGAGCCUGGAUUACCAGGACCUCCGGGGCCACAGGGUGUCCAGGGAGAGAGAGGGCAACAAGGAGAGGGCUUACCUGGACCAAAGGGAGAUCGUGGGUUUGAGGGACCAAGGGGAACCCGUGGACAGCCGGGCGUUGGUAUCAAAGGAGAAAAGGGUGAGUUCGGGCCUUCUGGUUUACCAGGGCCUAUUGGUUUACCAGGAGUGGGAAUUCAGGGUGAAAAGGGGGUUGAAGGGCCAAGGGGGCCUCCUGGUCAGAGGGGUCCUGCAGGGGAGGGCUUUCCUGGAUCAAAGGGUGAUCAAGGUUUGCCAGGAGAAGUUGGGUCUCCAGGAGAAAGGGGGGUUGGAGAGUCUGGACCAAAGGGUGAACCAGGAGCAAUGGGAUUUGCAGGUGUCCCUGGUCUUCCGGGAGAAGAUGGAGCCCCUGGACAAAAGGGUGAAUCGGGUUUGGUUGGCAUCAGAGGCCCUGAGGGGAAUCCAGGAAUUGGAAUUCCAGGAGAGAAGGGCGAUCAAGGUCAGAGGGGUGUUCGUGGGUUGCCAGGACCUUCAGGAAUUUCUGGUCCAGCAGGCGCUAAGGGUGAACCAGGUGUGCCGGGACGUCUUGGGAUGCCUGGCCAGCCGGGACGUCCUGUUAUGGGACCAAAGGGAGAUACAGGCCCACAUGGUCCUCCGGGCCCUGUAGGAGAGACAGGAUAUGGACUUCCUGGUCCCAAGGGUGACCGUGGCAACCCUGGGCCCCUAGGGCCAUUUGGACCCAAAGGGGAAGGAUACCCAGGCCCAACUGGCCCCCCAGGGCCACCAGGUCUUCAAGGGGAACAUGGACCAGAAGGAAUUGGACUACCAGGAUCGAAGGGUGAUAUUGGCUUCAGAGGACUUCCGGGUCUUCCUGGUCCACCAGGUGAAGGACGGCCAGGACCAAAGGGUGUUCUUGGACGAACAGGACCACCUGGUCCUCAGGGGCCCCCAGGGGAAGGCAUACAGGGACCUAAGGGUGAACAUGGACCACAGGGAGUCACUGGGCCAAGGGGGCCUCCAGGAGAAGGAUUGACUGGGCCUAAGGGUGAUCGUGGUUCCCAAGGAGAAAGAGGAAGAAGGGGUGAUAAAGGAGAUGGUGGUGAUCCUGGAGUUGCUGGAGAAUCUGGCAGACCUGGUGCAAAAGGUGAAGCUGGUCUCACGAGGGAAGACAUCAUUAAACUGAUUAAAGAGAUCUGCGGCUGUGGUGUGAAAUGUAAAGAAAGACCUAUGGAACUUGUGUUCGUGAUUGACAGUUCAGAAAGUGUGGGACCAGAAAACUUUGAGAUCAUCAAGGAUUUUGUAACCGCCCUCGUCGACAGAGUUACUGUGGGCAGGAAUGCAACAAGAAUAGGUCUUGUGCUUUACAGCUUGGAAGUCCAUUUAGAAUUUAACCUUGCCAGGUACAUGACAAAACAAGACGUCAAACAAGCAAUCCGAAAAAUGCUGUACAUGGGAGAAGGCACUUACACAGGAACUGCUAUCCGCAAAGCCACUCAGGAAGGGUUCCACAGCGCCCGGCCUGGCGUGAGAAAAGUAGCCAUCGUCAUGACAGACGGACAGACAGAUAAGAGAGAAUCUGUUAAACUAGAUAUAGCUGUGCGAGAGGCCCAGGCAGCUAAUAUUGAGAUGUACGCCCUAGGAAUUGUGAACACCACAGACCCAACACAAGCUGAAUUCUUACGUGAACUGAACCUGAUCGCUUCCGAUCCUGAUAGUGAGCACAUGUAUCUCAUUGAUGACUUCAAUACUUUGCCAGCUUUGGAAUCCAAACUUGUCAGCCAGUUCUGUGAAGAUGAAAAUGGAGCUCUGGUUUACAAUCGUAUUACAAAUGGAUAUGGCAACGGUGGGGGCUACACUUACGAAGAAUAUCAAAAUAAUGUGAAUGCAAGAGUUUCCAACCAAGGAGGAGGAGGAGGAGGAGGAGGGGGAGGAGGAGGAGAAAGGGUGCAGCUUGUACCAGUGAACCCCCACCCAGCUGUAUCUGUCAACAUAGGCAGGCCUCCACCAAGCACAGUACAGAACAAAGUGGAAGAAGACUAUGAAGAAGACUAUGAUGAGGAGAUUGAACCAGUGCAUAUACCAUCCAGCUCCUUUGUCAAUUCAAGAGACAGUGGCAUUUCAGCCGUCGAUAGACCUCCAGUCCUUCCUGUGAGACAGUCUUUGUCUUCAUCUCAGUCCUCCUCCUCAUCCUCAACAUCUUCUUCUGUUGUCAUUUCAUCAGGCUCCUCUUCUACUGUGAAAGUUAUACCUGCAGUGAAGCCAGUUCUACCUAAAGAGUUUGCAGCUCUGGAUCCCCGCUGCGCUUUAGGUUUGGAUCAGGGUCCUUGUCGUGAAUACAAUAUCAGAUGGUAUUAUGACAAACAAGCUAAUGCCUGUGCUCAGUUUUGGUUUGGUGGGUGCAAUGGAAAUGGGAAUCGUUUCGACACUGAAGAUGAAUGCAAGAAAACUUGUGUGUUGACACGAGGAGACAACUGAAGUGGAUCCACAGAUCAUGUGAACAGAAAUAAAGUGACACACCUGAAGAAAACGUUUUGCUAUCAAUUUAUUUUGCUAUAAACAAUAUUUCACAAGUGUUAAGCAUUUAAUUAUGCAUACUUUCAAUUUAUAGUCUGUGUAACAAACACUUCUCAGGGCUUAUUUUCAAAGAAAUAUUGUAAAACUGUUUUUGUUCAGGUUCAGAUAUUCAUAUUUUUAAUUCAGGGACCAUAACUCAAAGAGGUUGUCAAUAAGCUGUAUCACGCAUAUGAUUUUCCUGUUACAAUUAAGGUCUUAAUUAAUCUUAACACAAGAAAUGUUCUAUCAGCUAACAUAGUAGCAAGUUCAUGGCAUAUCCACCACAUAUAGAAGUUUGGUGCAUGGUGCCAUAGAACAAGGACAAUAUGUGGUGUUGUAAAGCAGCACUGUAGUUUUUUUUUUUUUAUUAAUCCACCCCUUACAAAUGUUGUUUAAACCAAUGGCCUUGUAAUUCUGCAGGGUUUAUGAAGAAGAAAGAUUCUGCUUCUUAAAUCUACAGGUAAUCCCUGAUAAUGGCAAAUCGCUUCGGGCAAAAAAUUAGAUUAACAAAUACGUAGUUUUGACUGUUUGAAUUAGAAAUUUGUAAAAAAAAAAAAAUAUUUCAUUAGAUGUGAUUUCAUAAGUUGUUGGCAAUGUCAAUCGUUAAAUCUAAAAUUAAAUCAAUAAAUUCAAUUUUCUGAUUAGUUGUGGAUCUUUAAGGGUACAACUAGCUUGCCACAAUAAGUUGGUUUUAAAAUGUGUGCAUACAAUAUGUAUUAGUUUAGUAGGACAGCACAUAAAUUUGAUGUAGAUACCACUUCAAAAAACACAUUGUGUACUUGCAUUCACAUAUGAAUUUUGUCUUAUUGUACAUGUUGUGAUGUUUGUAUGGUUCAUGAGAUUUGUUAUGAUAUUUUUUUUUAAUUUUU